CAUAAAAUAAGACCACUUUCCGAGAUGGAACGAAUAUAAAGCAGUCAUGGAAAAUACACAUUUCAUCCAAAAUAACGUCUUUCUUAGAAUAAGAUAAGAACAAAUGAUGUUACCAAGUCUAUAAAAUUGACAUAUUAGGCAACGAUUUAUGUUAAAGAUUACAAAUUUGUCUUUACAGUUUCAAAACAUAACUUUACCUACAGACUAGUUUCCGGAUUUCCACAUCAAAACAAUAUUUUGAUUCAAAAUUAGUAAUAUAUAGUAAAAUGUCACUUACAAGAUGUCUUUGCUGUUUAAGAAUGCUAAAUGGCAAUUCUGGACAUAUACCCUUGAAGGAAAUUCCAACAGUACAACUUGACACAAAUCACAUGGGUAAUGAUGUUGUGAUUGUGAAAAGUGGUAAAAGAAUAUGUGGAACAGGUGCAGCAUUGUCAAAUGCUCCUAUAGCACAAGAUAAAGCUUACUUUGAAGUAAAGCUACAGAGUACAGGUGUAUGGGGAGUUGGUCUUGCCACAAAGAGAUGUAAUGUAAAUGCAGUACCGCUAGGUCAAGAUAGUGAUUCAUGGGUUGUCAAUCAUGAUGCUGUUAUGUACCAUAACAAAGAACAAAAAGGGACUAUGAGUCAGAGCUUAAAUGAAGGAGAUAUUUUGGGGGUAACAUAUGACCAUGUUCAUUUAAACUUUUACUUGAAUGGCCAGCCUUUGAAUUGUCCCUUCUCUGGAAUGAAGGGAACUGUUUUUCCUGUGUUCUAUGUUGAUGAAGGUGCUGUGUUAGAUGUACAGUUUGACCAUUUUUAUCAUCAGCCUCCAGACGGCUUCGACAGCAUAAUGAUAGAGCAGUCAUUGUUGUGAAAUACUCCAUGUUUUUACUGUGACCAUGUGACCUUGUUUAUUUCAUAAUACAUUGCAAUCGAAAAUACAAAUGUAUAUCUGCUAUGGUAGAAAUAUUAUAAUCACUUAAUGAAAUUACAGCGAAAUACAUUGGUGAUAUUUACAAUAAAAUAAAUUGAUGAUAUUUACAUAAAAUCAAUUGAUGAUAUUUACUAUAAAAUCGAUUAAUGAUAUUUACAACAAAACAAAUGAAAGCCCAUCAAAGCCAAGCCCUUAAAAUUUAAAUCAUGUUAGGAUAUGUUGUAAUAGCAUAUAUAUACAGUAAUAUAUAUAACCUAUUUUAUUUAAUUUUUAUUAGAAUAAGCCUUUCCAAAAAUCAUAUCUGCUUGCUAAAAAUUGCAAAUUGAUAUUUUAUUAUGUCCCCGUCAUAUGGGAGGGGGCAUUAAAAAUUUCCCUUGUCAGUCUGUAAAUUUGUUUCCAUUCUCUAACUUUAGUUUGCCACUACCAAAUGUUACAAAACUUAAACAUAGUUCUUUUUACCACAAAACACAGAUCAAGUUAGAAAUUUGAUGGCAUCACUUUAACCUUUCUAAAGUUAUGCCCCUUUACAAUCACGAUUUUUUUUCGUUGAUGCUCUUCAACUUAAGUUUAGGGGGGUUUUGAUCCCAGAUCCUGCUUACUGUUUUGUCAGAUUCCUAUACUCGCUUACACUAUGAACGUAAGCAUUUCUCAUUUUUUUGCCAUUUCCCGGGUCCCGCUGUACCUCAUUUCCCUUUUCACGGCAAAAUAAUUUAACUUUCAUGUGUCACGCUUACAAAAAAAAUCGGCAAUCCUGCGUCAUGCUGAGACCCCAUUGAGACCCACCUAUUGCAGAGCCUACAAUAUACGGUUAUUAAUUUGGCUUGUUUAAUUUUCAGAAAAUUUUCACAAAAUAUUUACUUUUACCCUUUGACCAAAAAAGUUAUAUAUAUUAUAUUUAAAAAAAAGAAAAGGAACCACACUCUUUAUGUUAAAAUUUGAUUGGAUGUAUAGCUGCUUAACAAACACAAAUUUCCAUCAUUGAGAAGCAUUAUAUAUCUGUAACAACAGAAUGUGAUUUAAACUUACAGCUGAUUUUUACAGAGUUAUCUCCCUUCAGUGUUCUGUACCACCUGACACAAAUAUAAACAAUCAAUUAAGUAUAGCUCAUAAAUACUAUAUUAUAUUUUUAAAAAUUACACCUUUUGUUAUACAUGCAUAAUACAUAUGUAUAAAAAGAUAAAAGAUUCCUAGCUAUAAAAUAAUUUUGUAAAAUAUAAGAAAAAAGAUUGCAGAUUACUGCAGUUUAUGUAUACUAUUGAAAAAGAAUGGCAUAAUACCAUGACAUUGAUUAUUGUGCUUUGAAAUUGAUGUGUUACAGGUACGGCUAAUUAAUUACAAAAAUAAGUUCCAUUUGUGGUUUAAAUUUUCUGUAAAAUAAACUGACAUUAUUUUCAAAAUUGUUUAAAAAGUGCAUUAAAGAUAUCAUAGAUAGUUUUGUUUGGUUAUGAAAGGUGCAGGAGAAAAUCUAGUCUAGUGUUUAAAUUGAGAUUCGUCAUAAUAAGUAAUGUCAUCAAUUGGAGACUCCUAAUAUUAUUUUAUUUUCAAUAUGGGGAGGUCAAACCCCAAGAUUAUUCCUCCUUUCAUCAUUACAUCAUUAUCUUUCAUGUAUUUAUAUGUCCUGCUGAAAUUGACAAAUUAUUGUCAAUACAUGUACAUUGUUUGCACAAUACAUAUGCUACCUAACAUGUUUUAUCACAUGAUUGCACUAACAAAGAGAUCUGAAAAAAUUGACACAGUAUGUUGUAAAUAAGCUUCCCAAGAAUUUACUAUCAGUGAUUAGAAAAUUAUUAUGAAUCAAAUUUCUUUCAUAAUGUAAAUAACUUGUUAGCAUUAGUAUUUAAAAUGAAUAUUAUUCAAAGAAUAACUAAAUGUUUUUUCUAUGAAGAAAUAACAUAAAAAAAAAUGUGCACACAGCAUAUCUUGUGUAGCAGGUUUUUAAUAACUGUGCACUACAAUUUUAAGGUUAUUUCCAAAAGACAGAAAAAUUGUAAGUCAUUCCUUUUAAUUUAAUUCCAAAAAUUUGUAAAUCAUGAUAAAAACCUUGAUGACACUAAGGUCACAUGACAAAAUUAUGUCUAUGAGCUGAUAGACAAAACACUUUCAGCCAAUCAGACAUGUUACAUCCAAAACUACAUUAUUGUGUUAAAUCCAGCCUUUUAGGUUAUGUAUGAUUCUAUAUAAGCCCAUUGAUCAAACAUGAUCACCAUUCUUCAAAAUUGUCUAGGAAAAUUAAUAAGACUGAGCUCAUUUUCUUGUUGCAUCAAUUCAUGAAUACUUGAAGACCAUUAGUGGCCUUGGGCUUUUUUCUGCACUUUGUUCAGGCUGUAGUCUCUUUGAAACAUUCCCUAUUUCCAUUCACAAUUUUAUUUAUUUAUUUAAAUUGAGUCUGGUGAAUAAUUUAAAACUGUUGGAAAUUUUGAUUACAGGUUAAAAACAAGGAAUAUUUUAUUUAUUAACAUAUUGAACUAAAAGAAGGAAAGUAUCCAAUGUGUACCAGGAAUGAGUUUAAUCUUAUGGUAUAAAUUUAUUUUUAAAUUCAUCAUGAACAGGUUCUCAGUAAUUUAGGCCACAAAUGCUUUUUUCUUGCAUAUUUUAUUUUAAAAUACAUGCAAUGUAAUAAUGGUAACUUCACAUCAUAACUAAAAUAUCUCAUCACAAAAUGUAUACAAUUUACUUGAGUUUACAUGUGAAAACUUUUUGCAUAAGCAAUUUUCUACUUACAAAUCAGACCCAACACACAUGUUUACAUAUAAUGCAUUUGAAAUGGCCAAUAAUAAUGAUUGUUUGUUUUAAGAGUUACUUUUGAAUUGAUUUUUCUUUUGAAAAUUAGAGACUUUCCAACUUUCACAUGUGAAUUAUAAGCAUGUCUAGUAAUAUGGCACACAAGUAAAGCAUUAAACUGAUAUAGAAAUUAUCAAAUUCUCUACCAACAGAAUAAAGUGUUGAAAAAGUUCAUGGAAAUUGUUACAAAUUCCAGGUACUUGGAUGAUAAAUAAUGCUGUUACAAGACUUUUCCCAAAGGUUGUAUACAGUGGUAUCGAAGUAUUUGUAUUCGUUAUAUUAAAAAAUGUAAAAAUUAUUGUUGAUUAUAUGCUAGUUGAGAACAAUAAAAAAAAUAUAUGUAUGCCAGUAUAUACUGUUAUACAUUUAAAAAACAUUU